AUGGAUUGCCACCAAGUCACCUCUCGCGCCCUUCACGAUGGCGCCGAAUCCUUCAGCGAUGUCGAAAACGCCGCCGAGAUCACUCCGGAGGUUCGCCCCGGCCAAACCGGCCUUGACCUUGAGAAGCGCGCAACUGUAAUCUCGUCGGCAUCUUACGAAGAAACCUAUCCCGAAGGCGGCUUUCAAGCGUGGUCUGUGGUCGCGGGUUCGUGGUUCGCCCUCUUCGCUUCGCUGGGACUAAUGAACACUCUUGGUACCUUCCAGGCCUAUGUUCUUGACAAUCAACUCAAGGGCUAUAGCGAAGGCACGGUUGGAUGGGUCUUCUCCAUCUACACCUUCCUUGCUUUCUUCUGCGGCGUCUACAUCGGGCCAGUCUUCGACAAGUAUGGCCCCAAGUGGCUCGUCAUUGCUGGCUCUGCCUUCACUGUCAGUGGCAUGAUCUUUAUGAGUUUCUGCACCCAACUGUGGCACUUCAUCAUUGCCUUUGGACUCCUCUGCGGUUUUGGCUCCUCGCUCCUCUUUACCCCCUCGAUUGCUGCAGUCGGCCACUUCUUCAAAGCGCGCCGCGGCCUGGCCACAGGUAUCGCAUCAACCGCCGGCGGCCUGGGCGGCAUCAUCUACCCCCUAAUGCUGAGCUCGUUGAUUGGAAAGAUCGGGUAUGCGUGGGCAACCCGCGUCAUCGCUCUCAUUUGCUUGUUGUGCAGCUUGAUCGGCAUCUGCCUCAUCCGAUCCCGCCUCCCUCCAGCCAAGAAUGCCACCGCCCACCCGGACUUUCGGAUCUUCAGGAGCCUCCCGUUCCUCUUCACAACCAUUGGCAUCUUCCUGCUCGAGUUUUCCCUCUUCAUCCCGCUUGGCUACAUCUCGACGUAUGCGCUCCACCAGGGCUUUGGAAAGGAUUUCUCUUACAACCUCUUGCCUAUCUUGAACGCUGGGUCAAUUGUCGGACGAGUCCUCCCUGGUUACUAUGCCGACGUCAUCGGCCCAUACAACGUCAGUAUUCUUGCCGUCCUCCUCUCCAUCAUGGCGACGCUGUGCAUUUGGCUGCCCCUGGGUCACACCACAGGUGGUGUCCUCUUCUUCGCCGUGCUUUUCGGAUUCUCGAGCGGGACAAGCAUUGCCAUUGCCCCUGUAUGCAUUGGAAGGCUCUGCAAGACGCAAGAGUAUGGACGUUACUAUGCGACUACAUACACUGUGGUGUCCUUUGCCUGCUUGAUUGGCAUACCCGUCGGUGGCAGCGUGGUACAGGUCAACGGCGGAUCGUACUGGGGGCUCAUUGUCAUGACCGGCACGGUGUAUGUGGGCUCUAUCGUCGCAUUUUGCGCGGCCAAGGUGAGCAUGUUGGGAUGGAAGAGCUGGGCGGCAGCUCUCUAG